AUGGCCAUCAUUCCUCGGUAUUACUACAACCCGCGCUCUCAUAGUUGUGAACGAUUCAUAUAUGGAGGGUGUCAGGGCAACGCUAAUAACUUUGAGACUGUCGACGAGUGCAAGAGAUCAUGCAUGCGUAAGUGUAUUUAACAAUUAUUCCUCGAGCUCAAAUGGGCUCUGAGUCAAUAGCCCAUGAGGCCAAAGCCGAAUGGGCUAUUGACACAGAGGCUAUGAGGGUGAGAGGAAUAAUUGUUUUAGUCAAAUCCAACUAGUUAGUCAAAAAUUUCGAGAACAAACAACUGAAAACAAGACUUAAAUCCUUUUUUGCCGCCAAAAAUCCGGCGCUUUUCUCUACUUAAGUGGGCUAUAACAUAUAAGCUAGUAGUAGCUCAACCAAUCAGAACGCAGCAUUGAUAACCACUAGCUGGAUUUUUACUAAAUAUAGUUAUUUCUCUGUAUUAAACGAAGCGAUUUCAUUUCUGCCUUAGUUUGACAAUUUGCUUUAAACGUUGUGCAAACCAAUGCUCUCAAUGAACCUUCAGUCGCUUUAUCUGAGUUACAUUUUUGUUGGGAUUAUUUGCUUUCUCUUACCAAAAUGACCCCCAAAAAAUUCUACCCUAAACAUUUCUAGUUCCCAACUAUCUCGCCAUAACGGCUAUUUACAUCCAUCUACUUUCAGAAAGGUUUUAAAGGAGCUGUGUCACGGCAGUCCAGUUCAUUUUGUUUAAUUUUGCCAAUUACUCGCCCUCAAUCGCUAUUGAACUUAAAGUAAGCAAAGAAAUUGCAGGUAAAUGACAAAACCAGAGAUCCGAGACAAACAAAUGAGUCUCCUGAGCAUUAUUUUUGAAUUUGCAAGCAGCAGGGAUCAGCUUUGAAAAACUGUUAGGCUGAACAGUUUUCAAAAACCCUAAUUUCAAUCAGUUUCAAUCUUCUUCAGUUUUGCCCAUCCGUGGCACCUGUUGUUUCUGUUAUGUUAUUUUAACCUUCCUUUAAAGUUUGAAGCGGUUAUUUUUAUGUUUCUCCUAAAAUAACAGGCAUUUUGUAAUUUCGUAAUUUGGCUUAAUUUCGUGACACAGCUCCUUUAAGAGCCGCUUUUACUCGAAUAAAGGCCGCACCCAAUCAGAAGACUGCGGUGUCAAGAGAUUCGAAGAUUAUAAGAAAAAACUCAGUACAACUCGGCAAUCUCAUCCCAGGAAUAAUAUUACGAUUUUAUUUCAACAAAAAAACAAGACUUUGGAACUUAAAACAUCUUUCCGUUUUACAUAUCAUUUCUAUAGUUAUGAACUUGUUAAUAAUUCACCGUAAUUGUUGUUGGUGAUUUACUGAAAUUUGAUUCUGGAAUAAACAGAUUAACGCUAAAUAUUUAAUAAACGCCGCUGCACUUAAUCGAGUAAGUACAGUAAUUUGUCAUACUAACGGCCUGCCGCCUGGACGAACGGUAGCAAAAAAAUCGAAAACGUUUUCAGGAAAAUCAUUCAGUUCGGGGAAUCCUACAAGUUCCUACUAUCUGCCUUAUUUUUCAGGCGACAGUGAACUAGGACGCUGCAAUCUUCCUUUAAAGACUGGACUCUGUAAGGCGGCGAUUCCUCGGUUUUUCUACAAUCCACGGACUCAUGAGUGUGAACGUUUCACUUAUGGCGGAUGUCAGGGCAAUGCAAAUAACUUCAAGACUCUUGAAGACUGCGAGGUUUCUUGUGCGGGUAAGCAAACAUUAGUGAAUCUCCUCUAUAAUUUCUUCUCCGUGUGGAUUUCCUCUGUCGUCUAAUUUGCACGUACGUAAUUAAGGCGCACGUAAUUUUUACGCGCGUAAAUAGAAUAGAGGCGGUGUAUGAAUUAUAUUUACGCGCGUGAAAUUAACGUGCGCACGCAUGUUAAAAUAACGCGAAAGUGGAAAUCCACCUUAACCUACCAACUACAAUAUCUGCUAAGUUGUUCCUAGGGACAGGAGAGUAUUGUCUCCUGUAGUGACUAUUUCUUUAAGAAUGAUUUCCACUGACGCGUCAGUUAGCUAUGUACAUUUACGCACGUAAAUUUUAAUCACGUAAAUAAAGUGGAGUCAAGAUAUAAAGUGUUGAGAUUAAAAGUGAGGUUGAGCGAGUUUCUACUUUUACGCUUACGUGCGACCUUUCAUACAUUGCCUCUAUUUCAUUUGCGAACGUAAAUUUUACGCACGUACAAAUUACGUGACAGUGGAAAGUCAACCGUUACACUCAUAUCAAUCAAGGUCUGGUAAACUACUUUAUAAGCAGCACUGGAAAAGUGUUCAAAAAUCGCACCAGAAGUCAGGGCUUCGAUCGACAAACCUUUGCUUUUUACAAAUGCCAGUGACAAUGCUGAAGUCUCGAGAGUUUUCUUAUACAUUUUUAAAACGUUUUCAAAAUCAGAAACUGUUUGUUUAUCGUCUAUCUACUUACGUUGUGUUGAUUUACAAUUUGCAAAACUACGCACAAUUUAGUACUGAGAAUUCUGUCCUUGCAAACAGAAUGAACUCAAAACUUCUAUGGACGGUACUAUAAAAUACACUUAUAACAUACAUUUGAAAAUUACUAAAAUAUUGGUUUCAUUAUCUCAUUUCAGGUUCUAGCUGAAAUACAAGUGCAAUGUUGCUUUAAGUGCUAACGAUAAGGUUGAAUUGCACCCAGUUUUUUCCCCUUAAAUGAAAUUCUUGCUUUGAUCAUGUCUGUAAAGUUAUGGGACUAAAUGAAAUAAAUGAGUUAGAAAGGAAAUUAUCAUGAAAGAAUCAGAAAAGUUUUUAUUGUUGUCACAUAAGCCUGUCGAAUUUUUAUCUUCCGAUUCUGUCCAUUUAAUUUUUCUUUUAACUUAAUUAAAUGAAUUAAAGAAGGGAAACGUAAAUAUUCAGAGAAUUCGUACUGGCUAAACGAAACGGCACGCAUCACAACCACCAGUCUGGAAUAAGCUGACAAGGGGAUUUUUUCACUCAAAAGAAGGUAUCGCUACAGCCACCGAAAAUUAG